AGGUGCUGCUUUCGGCUCAAGUCCCAGCUGCUUACAUGCAUUUCGCCUUAGCACGGGGCUUUGCAGGACAGCCAAACCAGGCAAGUUUACCCAACAAAUCGCGCAGAAACGCCUCCCUGCAACGUCCACUUGACGGCCGGAAGGGGCCAUGAUACCCGUUACAGGAGGUGCGCUGGACACCAACGAGUUCGACGAGCAUGUAUACGAUGCCCCGCAGAAUGCGGAGGCCAGAGCCGCGCAAGAGGCCAAGUGGGCAGGGGACUACGACGGGCGCCAGCACUGGUCCCUUCGCGAAGCGUACCUGCGGCACCGGGACCGCCUGCAAGUGGCGCAGAGGGACCUGUACCGAGUGAAGCUGCUGGUCGACGCUCACUUCUCACAGAGCCUGAAGGCUUUGGACGUGUCGAUCCUGGAGCGCAUCGCCGACUUCGGCUUCGCCCAGGGCCCGGCCGCCAGCUUCGUCGCCGCCUGGGCAGCGAAGCCCGCGGGCUCCGAGGGCCCACGGCCCACGUUCAUGGCGCGGAAGCGGCCGCUGCUGGACUUCGAGACGGCGGCCGGGGACUGGGACUGCGUCUCCGUGGCCAGGAGUGCGGGGCGGGUGGUGUGCCACGACGGGCGUUUGCAUCGCACGGGCCGGCGCCUCGAGAUGCUGCACAAGAAGUUUAUCUUGGACAAGGUUUAUGGCUCCACCGUGUCCGACGAUGAGUUCUAUGCUGAUGCGGUGCGCCCCCUCGUGGCCUGCCUGGACACUGCAGAGGCCACUGUGAUUUGCUAUGGCCAGACGGGCACGGGCAAAACCCACACCUUCAACGCUUGCUGGAAGCGCAUCGGCACAGAUUUGGGAAGCCAGACUGUGUCGGUGACGUUUUUCGAGAUCCACGGAAAGAAAUGCUACGACUUGCUGCAGCAGCGCAAGCAGGUGGCGCUCCGCGCGGAUGCAGACGAGCGCGUGCAUGUGAGGGGCGCGGCAACGCUGUCCGCGACGGCGGCGGAGGUGGCGCCGCUACUCGAGGAGGCGCUGCGAUUGAGGCGCUCGGAGGCCACGGAGCGAAACCCCUUGUCCUCGCGGAGCCACGCGGUGUGCGUGCUGAGCCUGGCCUCCGGGGGCUGCAUCCGCUUCGUGGACCUCGCGGGCUCGGAGCGGAACUACGAGACGCGGCGGAUGACGGCGCAGCAGCACCGGGACUUCGCGGAGAUCAACAAGUCUCUCAUGGCCCUCAAGGACUGCUUCCGUGCCCACGCCCAGAUCGCGCGGGAGAAGAAGAAAGCCUCCGGCGGAGUGCGGGUGCCCUACCGCGCCAGCAGCCUCACCCAGGUCCUGCGCUCGUGCUUCACGCCGGAUCACAGGACGGUGAUCCUUGCCACAGUGUCGCCUACAGCUACAGACCUUCUGCAUUCCAUCAAUUCGCUCCUGCAAGUGACGCAGAUGUCCAAGGACCUCUCAGCGCUUCGCGCGGAGUGCUGUGUGGAUUUGCCCAUGACCUCCUUCGCUGCGGCCACGCCCAUCUGGGAGUGGGGCAGUGAGGAGGUGGACCGGUGGAUCCGCACGGUGCACAACGGGCUCUUCAAGUACUUGGUGCUGCCCCCGAAGAUCACAGGGGCGGCUUUGCUCCAGCUGAGCUCGCAGGGCUUCGCAGAGCUCUUCGAUCAGAGCUUGCGCACUGCCCGCGGCGUGGGCGAGGGCGAGGCCUGGAACGAAGCGGCGGCGCAGGGCGCUGGUCUGCGGGUGGGGCGCCUGCUCUACGGUGCCGUGCGCCGUGAGGCCAUGCGCUGGCCGGAGGCUCAGGCCGCCCCGGUCCUGGCGGCGGCGGAGCAGCGCGAGGCGGCGGAGCGGCUGCGACAGGAGGAGGGCCUGGACCUUCCGCCCGCCGCGGAGCGCCAGUGCGAGUUCUUCUUCUGGGGGGACACGGGGCAGUGAAUUCAUGCAAGCCGUAGGGCGAGAUUUCAGAGGCGUCUUGGCUUUUGGUGCCUCUGGCUUGGGAUCGAUGGGUCCGCAUGUGCA